UUUUCUAUCUCCAUUGACUGUCGUGCUGGUCUUCCACUGAGUGCUUCUUGUCUCCACUGAGUACUCCUUCCUCUCCUCAUUCUCAUCUCAGUCCUCUCCUCCAUUGCGCUCCCUGGAAUAAGAUCCAUCCGCCCUUGUUGCUGAUCUCCUCCUCCGCCCUCGCUCCUGCCAACUGACUGCCACAGACCGUGGACAAUGCUUGGGGUGGGAUCGUGGGGCUCUGUAUCUAUCUAGUACAGAGUACUACUGUACUUCCUCUGCUCCUCGGCUCCGCUUCCUAUCAGUCUCCUCCAUUGUGCUGCCGUUGAUGAUCUUAUCCAACCUACAUGGACAUUUGGGGGCACCGUGCAUCGAAGGCACUGACCCGGCUAGCGGCCUGAUCGAGUGAAGCGACCUCGCUGCCGUCCUAUGUUCUACUCUGUCCUGCUCUGCCGUUGAAGCGUCAACGGUGAUGGCCAUCCGGUGUUGAUGCCACCGCUGUAUUCUGCUCCGCCCUGCUCUGCCGAUGAAGCAUCAACGGUGACGCCGCCGCUGUGUUCUGCUCUGCCGUGAAGAGCAAAGGUCAUUAUUCAGAGCACCAUGCAUCGAAUCCACUGACCCGGCGCCCACCGAGUGAAGCGUUUAAUCGAGUGGUGCCCAGUCGCCGCUUCCGCUUUGUUGUCCCCACAGCGCGACCAUCCGACGAAGACGCCGCCGUUGUGUUCUGCUCUCCUGUGAAGCACCAAAGGUUUCCAGUUGAUUGCUCCGGAGAGCUCUGAUGGAUAUUGUCACGGGUGCCAUUGCCAAGCUGAUCCCCAAGCUGGGAGAACUGCUUGUGGGGGAGUACAAGCUGUCUUCAGCUCUGCCGCGAAGCACCAAAGGUUUCCAGCUGAUUGAUCCAGAGAGCUCUGAUGAAUAUUGUCACGGGGGCCAUGGGCAGCCUGAUCCCCAAGUUGGGAGAGCUGCUCGUGGAGGAGUACAAGCUGCACAAGCACGUUAGAAAAGAUGUCGAGUUCCUCACGAAGGAGCUUGAGAGCAUGCAUGCUGCCCUCAUCAAGGUUGGCGAGGUACCGCCGGACCAGCUUGACAGGCAAGUCAAGCUAUGGGCCAACGAGGUCAGAGAGCUCUCCUACAACAUGGAGGAUGUCGUCGACAAGUUCAUCGUACGGGUCCAUGGCGUUGAGCCCGACGACAACACCAACGGAUUCAAGGGGCUCAUGAAGAGGACCACCAAGUUGUUGAAGAAGGUCGUAGAUAAGCAUGGGAUAGCUCACGCGAUCAAGGACAUCAAGAAGGAACUCCAGGAGGUGGCUGCUAGGCGUGACAGGAACAAGUUCGAUGGUAUUGCUUCUACUCCUAGUGAAGCAAUCGAUCCUCGUCUCCGUGCUCUGUACAUAGAAGCGGCAGAGCUAGUUGGCAUCUAUGGGAAGAGGGAUCAGGGGCUCAUGAGUUUGCUCUCCUUGGAGGGCGAUGAUGCCUCUACCAAGAAACUGAAGAAGGUCUCCAUUGUUGGAUUUGGAGGGUUGGGCAAGACCACUCUUGCCAAAGCAGUGUACGAGAAGAUUAAAGGUGAUUUCGAUUGUCGGGCAUUUGUUCCGGUCGGUCAGAACCCUGACAUGAAGAAGGUUUUAAGGGAUAUCCUCAUUGAUCUCGGCAACCCUCACUCAGAUCUUGCGAUGCUGGAUGCCAAUCAGCUUACAAAAAAGAUUGGUCGAAUAACAAGUUCUCGUAUAUCUAUCUGACACUACCGGCUACAUAUAUACAAUAAUUAUCUCUUACAAAUAUAAUCAUACGGACUCAGGGUCCACAUAGAA